AUGCCCGCGCACAUUGGUUCGUAUCAGUCCAACUAUGCCAAAGAUUGGUUUGGAUCCGAUGUAGCACUAGUUCAACAUCCAUUGCUAGCACCAGCAAAACCAUCCAAGCCGGGUAACCCAGUAGCUCUUCCCACGAUCGCGCCUUACGUCGUCUCAUGGAAGGAUCUUGACAACACUCACAUCAAUGAUGAGAACGUCUGGAACUUCGAGAAGAGAGUCGAUAGCAAAGUCUGGUGGCCAAGCUAA